AUGGCAACGUUCCCUGAACUUGCUGAACUGCUGCACGAAAAGCUCAUUAAACUAGACAAAGAAUGGAUGAAGAGUCCUGGAGGGAAAGAGAGAUGGGCAAAUUUCAUCAACUGGUACGAGAAGAAAGUCCAAGAACACAACUCUGGAUCUCUCAUCUGUACGGAUGCAAGGGAGGAGUAUGGAGGGAAGAACACGAUUUUUGGUAUGUUACCUACUCUCUCUUCGAAUGAUGACCUUACAAAGUUGUUCUCGUAA